AUGACUAUUGCUGGGUUCUACUAUAUUGACCCGUCAACUCGGCGGCAGAGGUAUUUACCUCAAGCUCGGGUAGAGGCCCAUGCUUCCAUCCUGUCGACAAUCUCAAGGACUACUCUUACGCAGACUUUCAUGGGGUCUUCAGACCAGAUUCCAGAGCUCAGGUACUCCUUCCCACUCUAUGAUGGAGUCAGUGUUGUCGGCUUUACCUGUACAAUUGGCAAGCGCGUCAUCAAGGGGGUUGUCAAGGAGAAGCAUAAAGCGCGGCAGGUCUACAAAGAGGCUGUUGGCCAUGGACUGACAGCCGGCCUUCUAGAGCAGUUGCCAGAGUCAUCCGACGUCUUCACGACGACCAUAGGCAACGUUCCCGGCGGCGCGGAGAUCCAGGUUGAGGUCGUCUACUUAGGCGAACUCAAGCACGAUGCACAGAUCGACGGCAUUCGCUUGACGAUCCCCACGAGUAUUGCACCUCGAUAUGGCUCCUAUCCUGGAGAGUUGGCUACUCACGCUCCUACGAGCGGAAGUAUGAAGGUCGUAGUCGACGCGGAAGUCCCCACUGGAUCACACAUCACUUCGAUCCAAUCGCCCUCUCAUCAUCUUGCUGUAACGCUGGGCCAGCUGUCAACUACCACUGGAGCCGAACCAUCGUUUCAAAGAGCUUCGGCUACCUUGUCUCUCAGCACCGCCGAGCUUGACAAAGAUUUCGUAUUGCAAGUUAGAGCAACGAAUACCGGCAAUCCCAGCGCCAUUCUGGAAGAACAUCCGACCAUCCCCAACCAGCGAGCAUUAAUGGCAACGUUGGUGCCAAAGUUCCAACUACCACCCGAGAAGCCCGAGAUCAUAUUUGUGUGCGACCGAAGCGGAAGCAUGGCUGGUACAAAGAUGGAAAACCUCAAAACCGCCCUCCGUCUCCUUGUCAAGUCCCUACGCGUGGGGAUGAAAUUCAACAUCUGCAGCUUUGGAAACCACCACUCAUUUCUGUGGAAACGGUCGCACACCUACGAUGAGUUCAGCAUGAACAAGGCGAUGAAGCACAUUGAGACCUUCGACGCGAAUUUCGGUGGAACGGAGAUGUACCAGCCCAUUGAAGACUCUUUUAAACGCCGGUACACGGAUAUGAAUCUUGAGGUCUUUCUACUUACCGACGGCGAAAUCUGGGAUCAAGGCCGGCUCGUGGGGUUGAUCAACGAACAUGUCUCUACCAGCAAUGGUGCGAUUCGGCUUUUCAGUCUUGGGAUCGGUCGUGCUGCUAGUCAUGCCUUGAUGGAAGGGGUCGCACAGGCUGGAAACGGCUUUUCCCAGUCCGUUACCGACAACGAAGAGAUGGGCAGUAAAGUUGUCCGCAUGCUUAAAGGUGCAACUUUUCCUCACAUCAAGCAGUACACAUUGGAAGUCAAGUAUGCUAGUGAACCGCGAGAUGACAUAGGCGACGAGUUCGAAGUCGUUGAAGGUGUUUCUGACGGCCCGGUGACUGCGUCAUCGACACCUUCGUCCACGUCAGCUCUCCCUGCAGAGCCUCCGAAGCCGAUCAUUUCGCUAUUCCAAGCGUCCAUCGACCAAGAUGUUGAGAUGAAGGACGCGGGCGAUGAGGAACGAUACUCGGGACUCCCGAACGUGUCACCUCCGAAGUUUCUACAAGCGCCCUUUGAAAUACCUACUCUCUUCCCGUUCAAUCGUACCAGUGUUUACUUGCUCAUGUCCCCAUCAAACAACUUGAGUCCCAGGUCGGUUGUUCUAAAAGGUGAUUCCAUACACGGAGCUCUGGAGUUGGAAAUCCCCAUCACGGUUCUUGAGCAAAAGGGUGAAACUAUCCACCAACUCGCGGCCAAAAAGGCCGUUGGUGAAUUAGAGCGAGGAAAAGGGUGGAUAUAUCAUGCCAAAUCAGUUGAAGAGCCCACAAAGCUUCUCAAGGAGAAGCAUGAUGGACACUUCCAGGACAUGGUCGAACGCGAGGCCGUCCGUUUGGGUGUUCAGUAUCAGAUUGGUGGGAAAUGGUGCUCUUUUGUCGCCGUUGAGGCGACCGGCGAAGUGAACCAACAGAGUUCAGAUAACGACCAUAAAUCUCAAGCUCACCCAGGUUUGAUGCAACAACGUUCAGGCCAAAUGGGGUCUUUGACUUCAGGGCACGUUGGUCAAAAUAGUCUGCCGCAAGUGAUUGCUUCAGGGAAAUUUUACAGCUCCCCACGCAGACCAACCAGUAAUGAACAGAACAAUUCAUCGCUAACGUCAAAUAUAGCACUGUCAAAUAUGGCCCAGCCUCAUGUCGCACAGGCCGUACCUAUAACACAAGCCGCAGCUCUGGCGCCGCCUACCGCACAAAUCGAUCACAAGCUUCUGGAGCAAUACCGAAAAGAAAUGGAAGAGGCCGCUGCCAUGCCUUUGGUCGACGAAGAUGACGACCUCCUCGACUUUUCCGAUACGAAUCAGCAGAAGGCACAGCCUCCUCAACCGCCACGAAAGAGCGCAAUGCCAGCUUCGAUUAGAUCUAAAAAGUUUGACGGGUUCUGGACAUGGGACCAAAAGCUUCGGGGUUUGAUGGGUUGGAACGAGGCUACAAUUCAGUCUGUCAAUGAUAAAAUACACACUUCGGGGGAGUUGGGUCUGAACGCCAGCGCCACAGCAUGUGUAAUCGCAUGGUUGCGAAAGGAGAAGAUGGACGAGAAGGACGCAUGGGAGUUACUGGUUGACAAGGCCGUGGCAUGGUUGGAGGACGAAUUCGGAGGUGCCGAUGAGCUCGUUGAGCUCGCUAGGUCUACCGUCUAG